AUGUCACGAAUCGUUUAUUCGGCGCCCUUGCAACAGAUCGCCCGUACUUGGCCUCAGGACCGACUGAGGCCCAACAUUCAGUUCAGCCAAGUCUUAGAGUUCCUCUCAAUGUCUCCAACCAUCAAUGCGCGAUCGGUGGCCGCUGCUCGGGCGCUGACUAUUGACAGAAUCAAGGGUCAGGUCACACUUUCCGAAAAGAUGACAGCCCCUCCUUCGUCGCCCAAACAUUAUAGCAAGUUAGUUGAAGGUGUUAAUCGAAGCAUCAGGGGCGAGAAACGAAGCUGGAUCGAGCAAUUUUUUGCCUUAUAG